AUGUCGUCUUUUAGCACACUACUAAACCCUAUACCUCAAUAUGCAACAGGUAGCUUGCCUGCAUUGGCAAUAAUGGGGGAGUCACCUGUCGCGUCGUUUUCAGGAAAAUUCAUGUGGUUACUUAGAUGUCUUGGAUGUCCGUUUACGGGGUUAUUUUACUCUUUUAUCAUUGGGGGUCUAAAAGAGGACCGCUGCGUUUACUGGCUCUCAUCAAACAAAUUCAAACUUAUUCACAAAGAAUCCGACGAAUCUGGCCAUAAUAAAGAAUUUCCUGAACCAUAUUAUAGACCUUUUGGAUUUUAUGCUUUUGGUACAUUGGCAUUAAUUUCUCAGGCUCAGGGAACAGUUAACUGCAACGAUUGGCCCCAUAUUCCCUCACUUUUAUCAUGGGCCGUCCCAGCCACCUUAAUUCGAGCGAUUUACGGAGUCGUAUUAAUUAAGAAUCCUGAUGAUAUUGUUAAUGAACAUCAAAUUACAAUUGCUAUAAAUGACGAGAAUAGAACCUAUAAACGUUUUACCGUUCUUACAACUGCUUUUGCAUCAAUAUUUUAUCCUUGGAUAACAUUCUUUCUGCGAUCAUAUCCCACUGCAAAGGAGAAAGGAACUUAA